CAUGAUUACAGCUGGAUGAGAGAGAGCUGACAAGUGCACACAGAGUGAUUCAGCUUGGAGAGUCGCCUGAUGGAUGUAAAGGACACAGACAGAGAAGUGGAGAGGUGAUGGGUGGUCCUUGUCUACCUUAAAAGCAGGUGAUCUGGAGGGCUCUAGGUGCCAUCACCGCUCACCUGUCCAGCUUCUAGACCUCUUGUCGCUGUUACAAGCUUCAAUAUGUCUAAACCAAGAGAUUACAGCAGCCAGUCCUACUCCCCCAGCGGCACAGGACCCGCCAAAAGUCUGCCGACCAACAACAAAAUCGACUCUGCGGGCAAAUCCAGGGAGAAGGACGACAUGGUUGGACUCAAUGACAAGUUCGUCCAGUUGAUUGACAAGGUGAAACACCUGGAGGACGAGAACAAAAAGCUCGACACCAAGCUGAAGAUCCUCAAGGAGCAGGAGGACUACGAGGGGAACGUCGACGACAUCGUGAAGCAGCUGAAGAACGAGCUGGAGCAGCGGAUCGAGGGCCUGCUCCGUGACCAAGACAAGCUGCAGGCCGAGCUGCUCAAGGACCAAGAGGAGGUGGAGGACACUAAGAGGAGGUAUGAGAAGGAGUUACAAAAGAAAGCUGACCUGGAGAAUGAUUUUGUCGUCACCAAAAAGGAUGUGGAUGAAGGCCACUUGAAGGCGGUGAAUCUGGCUCUGGAGCUGGAGGACCUGAUGGGAAAGCUGGAUUUCCUCAGGGUUGGCUAUGAUGAGGAGAUCAGGGAGCUGGAGUCUCAAAUCCAGAACAAGACGGUGAUCAUACCUGACAACAGCAAACGGACUCUGGACAUGGACGAGAUCAUCCAGAAUGUCAAGAAUCAGUACGCCAACGUGGCUGCCCGCAGCAGGGAGGAGGCCGAGCAGUGGAACCAGAGAAAGAUGGAUGCCAUGGUCUUAAAUGCAGGACAACGUGAGCAGGAAGUGCGUGAUUUAAAGAGGGACAUCUCAGACAUGUUGCGCCUCAUCCAGAGGCUCAAUGGCGACCUGGAGGCUCUCCUAAGGAAGGAAGAGUCCCUGAAGAAGGAAAUCGGCGAUGUCAGGACAGAAGGCGACGACAAGUUGGAGCAGGCCCGGGAGGACAUCGCCAAGCUGGAGGAGGCCUUGAGGCGGGCCAAGCAGGACUUGGCCGGACAGAUCCGCGAGCACCAAGAGCUGAUGAACCUGAAGCUGGCCUUGGACAUCGAGAUCGCCACCUACCGCAAGCUGCUGGAGGGCGAGGAGGAGAGGAUGAACGACCUCAUGCGCCACGGAGACGUUCGCCUGCCAUCCAAACAGCAUCUGCCAGAGACGCCACCAGCUCCAGAACCCGCCGUCGUCACGGCAACCACCCACAACCCGGCGGACACCGUUAUCCCGGCGGCCUCCAAGAAACGCCUGCUGAUCCGGGUGGAAGUGGAGGCAGGCAGAGUCGUGUCCGAAAGCUCCCAAUACACUGACUGAGAGUGUGCAUCACUCCUCUGUCUGCAGCAUUACACUACAUAUAAAUAUAUAUCCUCAAAAUGUGAAUUCAAACACUUCAAAUUAAGUUAAAUUAAGUUACUUUUAAUGCAGUAAUGAAACUUUUGUUUGUGUGCUUUCUGGUAGAGCAACAAUAGCUUCUUGGCAGGUUGAACGUUUUUCUGAAGAAUUUGUGCAUGGAGGUUGGAGAUGUUUUGUUUAUGUGGAGCAGUGUUUCUUAAAGGGUUUUCUUAUCUUGUGGUGUUCCUGGCAGCAUCAGUGUGUUUUUCAGCUGUCGCCGCAGCUAUUUCUCUCCUGCCUUUGUGAGUAAGAUUUUGUCUUUGCGAACGUUGUAAAGGUUUCUUAAUGAAUGUUCUGUUGCACCAUAUCUUGGUCAUAUCAGGAAGGAAAUGCACAAAGACGAUGUUUGAUCUGAGGUAGAAGCUGCAUACCUUAAAUGGCUUUGCAUGGUUUUUGUUGUCUGUGCUUCCCUGGUGUUAUACUGUUUGUCCUUCAUGAGGUUCAUGUGAACAUCACAUGUGUCAAAGUAAUCAUGAGGAUACCAGAAGAUGGUACAAAGUGUGUGUGUGUGAAGUAUUUGCAGUGGAAAACAAUUAAUAAAUAAAACAACACAA